CGCUAUGAAUCAGUCGGAGUUAAAAACCGUAAACGGUUUGACGUUUGAAUCGUGGUAUUCGGGUUCUUGUUUCUACGUUACCUGUUUUAUUUAACAUUUUUUUCAAUUCUUGUUCCAAGAAUUGUGAAAUGCAGUGCCGCAUUCGUCUCCAAACAUUGCCGAGUGAUUUCGAAUUUCGAGUGAAAUUUUCAAAAAACCGUAUCUUUAAAAAUCAUUUAGUCAUGUAGUGCAUUUUGAAAAAAUAGUGAAUUAUCGUAGUAUACCGUAAAUUUAGUCCGUUCGUAUUUUAUUUAAUGGUAGUUUGACGAACUAUAGUUGUGCGGAAUUCGUGUAAAUUGUUGAUCAUUUCGUGUAAUCGUGUUUUAUUAUGAGUGAUUUGUUCGAAAUUUAGUUCAGUGUUCUAUUAGUAAACAUGUUUCGGUGUAUUCCAUUGUUUAAAGGCUGCAACAGACAAGUCGAAUAUGUGGACAAACGCCACUGUUCACUUCAAACUGUACCUGACGAAAUUAUGCGUUAUUCUAGAAGUCUAGAGGAACUUUUCUUAGAUGCUAAUCAUAUUCGUGACCUUCCGAAAAACUUUUUCCGGCUAAACAGAUUACGUAAACUCGGACUCAGCGAUAAUGAAAUUCAACGAUUACCUCCUGAAAUCCAAAAUUUCAUCAAUUUGGUCGAAUUAGAUAUAUCGAGAAAUGAUAUUCCAGACAUUCCGGAUGAAAUCAGAAGUUUACAAGCUCUACAAAUCGCAGAUUUUAGCAGUAACCCAGUUCCUAGAUUACCUUCGGGUUUUGCUCAUUUACGUAAUUUAAAAGUUCUUAGUUUAAAUGAUAUGUCACUGGUGAAUUUACCGACAAACUUUGGAAGUUUAGUUAAUUUAGAAUCUUUAGAAUUAAGGGAAAAUUUGAUCAAAUCAUUACCAGAAAGUUUAUCACAGUUGACUAAAUUGCAGAGGUUAGAUUUAGGUGAUAACGAAAUCGAAGAACUGCCAUAUUAUAUCGGUAAACUGCCAGCUUUGCAAGAAUUAUGGUUGGAUCACAAUCAGCUUCAACAUUUACCGCCGGAAGUGGGAAAUUUGAAAAAUUUAGUCUGUUUAGACAUAUCGGAAAACAGAUUAGAAGAUUUACCAGAGAAAGUCGGUGGCUUGGAGAAUUUAACAGAUUUGCAUUUAUCGCAAAAUGUGAUCGAAACAUUACCAGAUGGCAUUGGCCAACUUUCAAAGCUUACCAUUCUUAAAGUGGAUCAAAAUAGGUUAACUACGCUUAAUGAAAACAUUGGCAGCUGUGAAAAUCUGCAAGAAUUAAUAUUAACGGAGAAUUUUCUACUCGAAUUACCCUUAUCAGUAGGAAAUUUAGUGAAACUUACGAAUUUAAAUGUCGAUAGAAAUAGUUUACGUUCUCUUCCUCCAAUAAUAGGUAAUUUAUCGCAAUUAGGAGUUUUAUCUUUGAGAGAUAACAAGCUACAAACGAUACCUAGUGAACUGGGUAACUGCAAGCAGUUACAUGUAUUAGAUGUCGCUGGAAAUAGAUUACAACACCUGCCUUUAUCUCUCGCUAAUUUAAAUUUAAAAGCGGUUUGGUUAUCCGUCAACCAAGCUCAACCGAUGCUCAAAUUUCAAACUGAUGUCGACGAAAAGACUGGUGAAGAAGUGUUGACUUGUUUUUUGUUACCGCAAUUACAGUAUAAACCUGAAAAUCAUUUUAUUGGAAGGCUGAAUGGUGGACUUGAUCAUCCGUUCUCAUCUUCAGAUGGUAUAAGUAACGAAGACGCCAACGAAGAAGAUGAAAAUGUCUGGGAAGAUCAAGAAGAUCAAGAAGAUUCUCGAACCACCUCGGUUAAAUUUACAGACGACGUGCAAAAUGAAAAGACCAAAGAAACGCCGUUCGUGCGACAGAAUACACCGCAUCCGAAGGAGUUGAAAAUGAAAGCCAAGCAGCUUUUCGGCAAAGGCAAAGAAACAUCUGAAACAACAUCUGCCUCGGAAAAUGUCAUUUUGACUACUACUAUUACUACCACAUCGAGCUCAGUUGAAAGAAAAUCUACUGAUAAGGAGUCGACCAGCGUUCGAAGCUCGUAUUCCGAACCCUUCCAGAGUGAAACAAACACCGUAUCGAAUAAGAGUAACAGCGAACAGCCAGUUACCAGUAGUGAUCCAGGUAUUAGUUCAAAUUCGACUAGCGAUAUUGAAGAUGUUGAUAACGAAGAAAAACACGUCGUAUUCGAUGUAAAUUCAUCGGAAAAAGAGCCAACUAUGAAAACUAGUAAAUUACACAGAAGAGAUACGCCUCAUCAUUUGAAAAAUAAAAGAAUCGCUCCAUCUGCGUUGGAACCAGCUGAUCAAGAAAAAGAUGCUGUUUUAGCCGCCGCUCUAAGGAAGAAAUGCGAGGAGGAGUUGAUCAACAGAACGGAAAGUGGGAGAACAUUCUUUCCUACUCCGCCGGAGUCGUUAAAAGAAAACCUAACCGAUGGCGAAUUUGAUGGAUUUGAGCAUUUCGAGAUCAGAAUCGAACGAACCUCGGCUGGUCUGGGGUUAUCGAUAGCUGGCGGUUUGGGAUCGACUCCGUUUAAAGGCGAUGAUCAGGGUAUCUUCAUUUCCAGGAUUACUGAAGGAGGUCCGGCUGAUUUGGCUGAUCUGAGGGUUGGCGAUAAAGUACUAUCGGUAAAUGGACACUCGCUGGUAAAUGUGGAGCAUUAUACGGCUGUGGAAGUUUUACGCUCUGCUGGGUCCACGUUGGUGAUGCAUAUCGCUCGAGAAAUUCCUAGAAAUAGCAGUUUCAACAGGGAUUCUUCAAUAUCAGCAACUUCGACGCCGACUUUUCGCGCUGCUGCCGAUUCAGCGUGCUCUAGUUUAAGUUCUAAUACGAGUCGAGCAGCUAGCGCUCUAUCGCAAAAUUCCGCCGUUACGUCCGGUUUCGAAAGUACAAGCGGCGUUUUAAAUAACAGUGUUAAGUCGAGGAAAAUACCUGAACCUUUGACCGAUUUAGAACUAAGGAAACAAACGAUUAACAGUACGCUAAUAAGAGACCAAAAUGGACUCGGAUUUAGUAUAGCAGGUGGCAAAGGAUCUCCAUUCAAAGACAAUUCAGAAGGCAUUUACGUAUCUCGAAUCACCGAAGGUGGAGUAGCGGAGAAAGACGGAAAGCUGCAAGUUGGCGAUCGUAUUCUUUCAAUAAACGGCGUAGAUAUGACCGGUGCGACGCACGAUGUGGCUGUAUCGAUUCUAACUGGUUUAGAAAGAUUCGUACGAAUCGCAGCCGAAAGAGAAGUAGCGUAUCCUCGCAACAGCGCCACUCCGAGCCCAGGACCGGAAAAAUCUCCCAAAGUUUUCGGCGUUCCUAAACCGUACACCGGUCUGUACAGUGCCAACAGCUACAUGGCUAAUAGGCCGAAUUACACUGGCGCUAGGACGUCUCCAUCCUCUGUAAAUUCCGGUUCGAUGUCUCCGCCGAAACCAGCUCCAAGAAGAUUCACACCAUCGACGUCGUCGAAUCCAUCGGCUUCGAAUUCGAUCAGCGAGUCUGAAACUCAGGGGUUCUCCAAACCGAUCACCAACGAAGAUUUUCAGGCAAUGAUACCGCCUCAUUUUCUUCAAAAUGGCACCGAAUCGGAUACCAGCGAUAAAAGCGAUUCCACCAAAAUCGUUUCGUUAACCAUUAAAAAACCAGAGAAAAAAGUAUUGAAUGGCAUUGUAUUGCCAGAAGCACCGACUGGCUUAGGAAGAGUCACCGAAACGAUUACAAAGAGUACUUUCACUGAGACCGUUGUGACCAGAAUUACCGACAACAAAUUAUCGCAACCUGUGAUCAUUGAGGAUGUUGUUUUAGUAAAAGCUGGAGGAUCUCUUGGAUUUAGUAUCAUUGGAGGUACAGAUCACUCGUGCAUUCCAUUCGGUAUCGAUAAUCCGGGCAUAUUCAUUUCUCACAUCGUACCUACUGGCAUUGCUGCUCAAUCCGGCAAACUACGCAUAGGUGAUAGAAUUUUAAGCGUUAACGGAGAAGAUAUUACUAAUUAUUCUCACGAAGAAGCUGUUAUGGCUUUAUUGAAACGAUCCGAUGAAAUUUGCCUAAAAAUACAACACGAUCCUUUACCCGAAGGAUUCCAAGAAUUGACGAUCGUUAGAGAACCGGGCGAAAAACUCGGUAUGCAUAUUAAAGGCGGCCUUCGAGGACACAGAGGUAAUCCUCUUAAUAAAUACGACGAGGGAGUUUUCAUUUCGAAAAUCAAUUCCGGCGGUGCCGCUAAACGAGAUGCACGAUUAAAAGUUGGUAUGCGAAUUAUUGAAGUAAAUGGUACCUCUUUACUCGGAGCUACUCAUCAAGAAGCUGUGAACGCUUUGCGUAAUACCGGACAACAGAUUAAAUUAUGCGUUUGUAAGGGAUACGAUCGUAGCGAAGUUGAAAGACUCAUCACCGAAGGAAAAUUAACUAGAGAAAAUAAAUCUGUUUCUCAGAGUGUUUCUAGUUUAGAUAAAGAAGAUGACGACACGGAGACGAUAAGAAAAGAACAAGAAAUACAACAAGAACUCGUCGAAUGGGAAAACGAAGAGAAAGAAUCUAAAGAAAAUGUGGAACCUUACGAAGAGAAUUUAGAAAUUGACGAAAUUCGAGAAAAAUCCACCAAGGAAAAAGUUUUGGACGUGGUUCGUGCAGCUGAAUUAUUAGCGACAGGCGAUAUUGACAACGUAACCAAGCCCAAAUCACCAGGUGGUCCUAAAUCUGGAGAUAAUUUAAAAACCACCACGAUUGUGAUGAGCAAGCAUACACUGGAACCUCAAAGUGAAAACAACGAUUCUGUUUUAAGAACGACAAAUGCGUCUCACGAAUCGCACGGAUCUGAUUACAAAUCCACGCGUGUUUCCCACCAACCUCCUUUCGUUCCUAAAACCGAUUCCGUCCACAUAUCCAAAUACUCUUGUAGUAGCGAGGAGAACGCAGGUGGUUCACCUAAAUCGCCCACCUUUCCAUGUUCUAUAAUCAAACACGAUAGAAAAGCAAACGGGUUCGUUGUAAGUGACGCCGGAAAACCGAACUAUAACACUUUGCCUGCUAAAAGCAGGAAUACCAGUGUAGAAAGCGCAGGAAGUACCAGCAGUGGUACUUUACCAAAGAGUAAAAGUGUUCGGUUCCAGAUUGAGCCAGAUGUGAAAAGUGAAGAGGAAGUUGUUCGCAGGAAGAAAAUCGUAGAUUCUCCUAAACCGAAGAAACGAGAUAAGAAACUGAUUAAAGAAUUAACCGCGCAGAAUAUAUCGAAGGUUUUCGAUAACGAAGGUCAAACCAAAGCUAAACUCAGUGACAGGAGCACGUCGUCGAAUAUUCCGGUUGAUUAUACGUUCCUUUUGCAAGGUGAUACGAUGUCCGAAAAGAGUACGAAAUCUUAUUGCAGUUCGGGAUCUCAGACUGAUAUUAGUCGAGGAACAUCAACGACGUUGAAGACGUACGAUAUCAAGGAUAAGUAUUACACCGAACACGAGUACGAGAAUCGUGACGUAACUCGUACCAGUGAAUUGAAUACCGAUACGAGUAGAUACUCUCCGAUGACGAAACCUGUUACAGUGAAAAUGUAUCAGAGUCAGAAAGAUUCAGGAUUUUCUGAAACUGAUAUCGAUUGCGAUCGUAAUAAUAAUCUUAAUAAACCUAGAUCUCGAGAGACAGUGAUGCUCGAUUCGGACGACGAUUCAGUUUUCGUUGAACACAGAGUGAACGCUGACGUACACGAAAUACCGGUAUCGUUAUCGCAAACCAAUCAAGUUACCAAAGAAAAGUUCGAUGGGGAGCCAUCGAAAUCGACUACUUUCCAGUUACCAAAAACGCCUGAUAUCAAGCCAAUUACUACCCAGUUACCAAGAAGUCCGGCCAGAACGCCGGAUACUAAACCAACGACGUCCCAGUUACCAAGAAGUCCUACCAGAGUGCCAGAUACUAAACCAAAGACCUUCCAGUUACCAAAAAGUCCUACCAAAGAAACACCUGUUACCAAAAACACCAAAACGAACGCGAAUACCGAAGCUCAAGAUAACUGCGAGCAUUGCGAAGAAGUCAGUCGCGAAGAAAUCACCGAAGAUGGUGGCAGAUGCAAGAUGCGUACUCAGUAUUCGAGUAAACAUUACGAAAAAUCCGAUCAACGAGAUAAACACGACUAUUCUCAAGACUUGAAUAUCAACACGAGCAUCAAAACCGUUCGUAAAUACGACGAAAUAUCCGAAAUCAAGAAUCAAAUACUGAAAAAUCGUACAUUUUCGACGGAGAAGCUGAGCAGCGACGAAGCCCAUCGUAUUUUCUCAUCUUCGACGACACCGAAAACAUCUGUAGGCGAUUCUUCGUCGAUGGAGAAGUCGACGGACGAGAACGUCGAAGGAUGUCGAAACAAGAAGGAAAUCACCGAAACGGUUCGUAAAUCGGGUAUUGUUCGUAAUGCCGCGCAAAAGUAUAUUUCUGCUAAGAAAAUACUAGACGAAUACAACUCGCUGGACGAUGCCGAAAAAGCCAAAAGAAUCGACCAAGUUUACGAUUUAUUGACGAAAGGAUUCUUCACCGAUGAUAGUAGUCAAGUUAGCGAAGAGUAUACGAGCAAGGUGGAGAAUAUUCGCCAGGUUUCGAGCAACGAAGUCGAUCAAACGGUUAAAGAAUCGGACGAGGUUAGCAAAGAGACGAAAAAUGGAACAGAAAUGGAAUCCAAGCUGUCGGAAGUCCGUUACGUUUACGAAGAUUCGAACGAACCGAUUGUAAUAUCGAAAAACGAGUACGAAAAAGUGAUCGUAGAUGCGAAAGGGGUCAAAUCGCGCGUCAAAGGCAGCGAAGUUACAAAGGAAAAAAUACCUAGUAGAAAUUCAACGCCUCAUGGAUCGCGAGAGAACAUCUUGAACGAUGAAAACAGCACCGAAUCUAGAUUCGAAAAUUCGACGACCGAUGAUAAAUCCGGUCAACGUACGUAUUCUGAAACGUCGUCGUAUUCGCAUUCGCGAAAUCUCGAAACACGUAGCAGUAGUAAAGAAAUACUGAAGGAAAAAACGACCGAAUCGUCGAUGAAAUCGCGAAAUUCCGCCGAAAGUGCGCCGAAAAAGUCGUACCCGAUGAAAAGCUCGCAAGAAAGUAUAAUUCGAACGAGCUAUGGUCACGAAAACACGUCGUCUUACCCGGUCAGCACUUCGACGCCGAAUAAUUCGCCGGAAACUACGCCUCGUUCGUUGGCGAAGAAAUCGAUCCUAAAAAAAAACGUGUCGCUGGAUGAAGACUCGAGUAAAUCUGGCGAGUAUUACUCUUCGAGUGAAACGUUACCUUCACCGUUGAAUUCUAGUCAUCAGUCAUCGCUGAGUACCGGACCUAACUCGCCGGAAACUCAACCGAGAUCGUGUUCGCCACCGAUUAGCGUUAAAACCAGCGUAUUCAAGCUGAAUCCGGAAGCUGUACCUCAACGUGCCGUAUUACAAACAGCUGUCACCCAAGCUCCGACGGUUUCGUAUCCGUACGUAACGCACGUAUCGUCCAACUCGUCUUCUCCCAGUCCAUCUCCCGACUUGGCCAAUAUUCGAGAUAAUGCCAGACCAUCGACUCAUCUACCUCACCACAUUCAAGCUGGUAUGGUGAAAGCGUCGCCUCCGCAGCAACAUUAUAUCGCUCAUUCGCCCAACCCGUACGCAUUCUACCCCGUGCCGGCCGGACUUCACUACAUGACUCCGGCCAUGUGCCCACCGCCUACAACUUGGUCGUAUUUACCAGUCGGAGGAUUCGCCCCUGCUCCUGCGAUCACAUCGGCUCCUCCGUCCGGUAAAUACGUCGCUGUACCGUAUUACGUUAAUGAUAAAGAAGCCGCCGCCGCUGGUGGUGCCACCGAGUAUUACUAUAACGGCGUUAAACCCGCAGAUAUGUGUAGCGAUACCUCACCUCCUCCUCCGCCCGUUAAUUUCUCCACCUAUCCUAAUUCACCUCCUGGAACACCCAGUUGGUUAGAAGUUUUCCAAAAUACUAGACCUUUGUUAGAAGUUAUCAACAAUUCUAACGAUUGCGUUGAUUCGUUUGUUGAUCCUGUUAACCAUAAUGUGCCGAAUGCGUGGAUGCCUAAAGAAGAGGUGGCUCCUGUUAAUAAUACUGAAAUGAACGGUGCAGCCAAAUCGUCGGUCAGUGAUAAAAAAAAGUUAUUCGAAAAAGCGAUGAAAGAACAUUGCGAAUCUUCUCCUAAACCAGAAAGAGUAUUUACUUUUUUGAGUCGAGAUGAAAUCGAAAAAUUAAAACAAGAAGAAGAACGUAAAAUAGCGACACUGUCGAAAGAUAUGUUGAAGAGUCUGUCUCAAGAUUCCGAAGAUCUCGAUGACGACUGUUCGCCAGAUGUGUUUAAAUAAUGACAACGAAGGAAGAAUUUCCAGUCAGGGAGAAAUACUAUUGGACUACGGGGUAAUCGCUCUUUGACCACGUUUUAUUGGGGUCAAGAUGUGAAAAGAAAAUCAUUACGUAUGAAUGAUUGUUUGAUGGUUUGGUAUUCUGACUAAAUUUGCAGUCGAUGAUGUUUCAGAAUAUAAGACGUGUGUGUUAAUCGAGUUGUGUUUUUGAAAAGUUUAUAAAUUGUUUAAUAACUUUGUGAUGCUUUUUUUUUAUUCGUUAUGGAAUAAAAAUGAAACGAUUACAUUGACCAACUUUUAUGGAAAAUUUUUCAGUAUUAUUAAAGUUUAAAUGUAGUGUGUAUUUUUAUGAUUAAAAUACGGGUUGGGAUAAGUUAAUAUUUAUAAUUCGUACGCUAAGUAGCUUUUAACGUGCCUGGUUUGUUGAUUGGGUUUACAAGAUGGUCAUCAAUGUGUGAGGCUUGACUUUACGAAAUUUUCAAAUGAAAAUCGAGUAUUUUUUUUCUAAUUUAUUUGAUUUUUGAAAAACCUUUGCGCAAAUUUUAUUAUAAUAUUAUUAUAUUACCGAUUUAUCGCCGAAAUUAGCAUUUAAUUUUUUUCUUACAUAUUAAUACAUUUUAUCGAUCACGAGUGGUAUUUUAAAGUAUUUUUUUUUCUUUUUGAAUUUUUAUUCGAUGUCAUACUAUGUCGACUCGAGAAAUAUGCUACGAGCGCAUUCCAUAUUUUUUUUAAUAUUCUGUAUUUAUUUUAUUUUUUGUACGAAGUGCAAUUGAUCAUUUUUUUUAUUGCCUCUUUUUUUUCUCCUCUUUAUUAUGAGUUGUAUUUGUUUUUAUUUAUUUAUUUUUGUAACCUAUAAUUUUUUUUAAAUUAAUUUUUUCAUGUUCUUUAAUGUUAUUUAAACCAAAAUAUACCUAUGUUGUAUUUUUUUCAAAUUGUUAUAACUUGAAUAAUUGUGAGUAUUACAGUUGAGAAUUUAUCGUCACUGUUGUAUCGUGAUUUUUUCUCUUUAUUUUUGUGUAAAUAGAAAAAUGUCAAUUACUAAUUAUAAAUCGUUUUUGUUCUUGUACAUCACGUUGGAACGUUUUUUUUUUUUUUUAUAUAUAUAUUUAUGACCAUAUUUUGUAUUUAUAUGUUUUGAAAGCGUUUAUUGUACUGUGAACACGCACUUGUGUGUAUUGUAAAUUAUUUAGCAAUUUUUUUUCUCUUUAUUUAUAUAUUUUUCCGAAUUCUAAUAAACACAUUCAUUAUUGGUA